AUGGUAAAUAUUCCAAAAAUACGUCGAACAUUUUGUAAAGGUAAAAUAUGUAAAAAACAUACUUUACAUAAAGUAACACAAUAUAAAAAGGCUCAAGAAAGUAAACAUGCUCAAGGUCGACGUCGAUAUGAUAUCAAACAAAAAGGUUAUGGUGGUCAGAAAAAACCUGUAUUUCAUAAAAAAGCUAAAGAAACAAGAAAAAUUGUCUUACGUUUGGAAUGUAGUGAAUGUCAUCAUAAACGUCAUUUGACUAUUAAACGUACACGACGUUUUGAAUUAGGUGGACAAAAGAAAAAACGAAAUGAAGUUGGCAAAUGGUAA